AAAAACAUUCUACGUUCCAACCCAACACAAACACAGGAAGUGCGUUUUGAUAAUAAAUUCAGCGCAAUUACUUACUUUUUGCAAUUUUAUGCAUUUUUAUUACAAUCAAGUGAAAUGAUAAUACACGGAUAGUGACCAAUUGUAAUUUGUUCAUUUACAGUGAUCGUUCGUAAUUUUUUUAAUUGUGUAACUUCUCACCAAAUGUGUUUGGCUUCCAACUGUUAUCAUGCCUCCGAAGCAAAGAAAAAUUGCCAUAAUGGGCUACAGAUCGGUUGGUAAAUCAUCUUUAAGUCUUCGAUUCGUUGACGGUCAGUUUGUGGACUCGUAUGAUCCCACUAUCGAAAAUACUUUCGCGAAAACGACGCGAGUGGCUAAUCAAGAAUAUGACUUAGACCUUGUGGAUACUGCGGGACAAGAUGAAUACUCAAUUUUCCCCGGGCAGUACUCAAUGGAUAUUCAUGGCUAUGUGCUCGUAUAUUCCAUAACAUCUCCCAAAUCUUUUGAAGUGGUGCAAGUUAUCUAUGAUAAGCUCUUAGAUAUGACUGGCAAGAUUCACGUUCCGCUGGUGCUUGUUGGAAACAAAAAGGAUCUACACAUGGAGCGUAUGAUAAGCUACGAGGAAGGAAAGAGACUUGCGGAUUCCUGGAAAGCUGUGUUUCUCGAAGCCUCUGCAAAGCAAAACGAAGCUGUGGCAGAUAUAUUUCACACAAUCUUAUUAGAAAUUGAUAAGGCCAAUGGUGAUAUUCAAACUAAGUCGCAGUGUAUCAUUUCUUAACUGAGUCCAGUGAUUGCUGAAUGAAAGAGAAUAUUUUGUACAGGAGCAAAAUGGACUUUGAAGAAAAUUCGGUGAUCAAUCAUCUCUGAAGAAAGCAAAAUGUGUCAGAAAACUGCAUUACUGUAAAGCAAGAUAUGAGGUUUAGUAAUUUCACCAUUGAUAACUCUUUUCAUAUUUCAUCCGUAAGGAACGUAAUACUAUUUUUUCUUCGUUUUAAUUGUAAAGAUAGUCUCCUGGAUAGAAAAAGAAGAAGAAAAAAACCUCACACAGUGCUUUGUCAUGGAUUGUCAUCAUCUGUCAGGUCCUUCUCAUGAUAAGAUAAUUUUUUGUGAACUCUUGUGAAAUUAUGGUUUGAAAAUCGAUAUCAAAAGAGAGUGGAGUGAAUUGAAGAAUAUUUUUAUGGAUUUGUUUGUUUUUUAUUCUCAAAAUUGUUUGGUAAUCCUGGUUUCUGGUAUCUUUUUUAUGGUUUACUUAUUUUGAAGUUUCAUUAAUUUUUAAUUCGAGUUUGUUUUUGCUUAGUGCUGAGUUCAGAAAGAAGGGCACGGCUGUUCAGCUAUUCUAAAUAAUCUGAAGAUUGUAGCCAACCACAGAAAUUUUUAAACCAAAAGUAGGGUUAGCAUCUGAUGUUAUUUGAAACAGUAGCUUUGAUCAGAAUACAUCAGGCCCUUUUUUUAUUUUUUUUUUACCAAAUAUCAACCUCCCUCCGCAGUUUGUAUGAUACCUAUAGUUUGUAAAAUGCUGUCUCAUGCUGCUAAAUUAAUCUAUACCUAAUAGUUUCCCAACCUCCGUAUGCAUACAUUUUAAAAUAGCCAGGCUAUGUUUGAUAAAAGAAGUAAAAGCAUGAUGCUGUUUCCAUAAAGGACAAAAUAAUGAUCGUUUUUCAUCUAUUGAUUUCUUUCUGGUAAUUUCAACAGCCCCUAUAUAAGAACAUGCAGCUCAUUUUUUUUUUUGCUCUCAAAUAAAUUAGAAACAUUCAGCAGCUCUUAAAUUUAAAAAAAAAAUAUAUUAUUUUAAUGUUUAAUCUCUCCCACACUUUUCACCCCUUAUCAUUCAUAAACAAUUAUGGACAUCCCUGAUGAGCCUGCAAGCAGUUUACCACACUGCUCUUGGAAUGUGGCUUUUAUUCCAUCAACAGCACCAUCCUUUUUAAUGAAGGAAUUACACAAGUAGCUAAGGGUAAUAAAGGAAUUGUACAGAGUCUUUAUUAAGAUUUUGACGAUUAUUAGCUCUUUUAUUAUAAUUUAGAUCCUCUACAAUUACCUACAGACUUUAAAUGUGAGGAAAUUUUUGUUAACUAAUCCACUUGAAAGGUUUUUUUUUCUCUCAAGUAGUUGCUAUUCAAUGUAACGAUAAGCCUCAUUGUGCUCCUAAUAAAAAUGAUAUUUAUAUUGCAUUAUAUCAUGCAUUUAGAUUUUGUCCUAACGUGUUUAUUUUAAAAAGGAAGAAAUAUAAGAAGAUUGAGAGAAAAACUGAAAAUUGCCUUGUACCUCCAAAAUAUAAAUUUAUUUUGAAAGCAUAAGUGACAUAAAUUCAUGCAUCAUGUAAGUAACGUAAUUAAAUUUUACACUGCUGCUGUAGAGGAAUUUUCUGAUUGUGGGUAGAGUUUUAUGCAUCAUCAUUGUGCACUAAAUAGAUAUCUAUCUUGAAGCUGUUAUGUUCAGUAAAUAUGAUUCUACCUUAAAUGUGAUUGGAACUCAGAAGUUCGUAAAGACUGAAAAGAAAUAAGUCUAGUUCGCCAGAAACCUAUUGAGGACCACAACCUUUCUUAUCGUCAGGUAUUUUCUGUCAAUAGAGAAAGCCACUCUGCUCAAGGGUGUUUUAGCUGAAUUAAAAUAUAUUAGUUUCUUCUUGUAGAAGAUAUUUUACUUGAAAAAGUAUAGGAUAUAGCUCCUAUUAUUUUCAGGAAACUGUUUCAAAAUUGUGAGCUGUUAAAUAGCAGAUUUAUAGUGCAAGAAGCAUACGUUUCUCUUUGGAACAUUUCUUUGAUGUGUGUUCUGUAAUAGACUGAGUCCGUUCUUGCAUUGUACAGCAAAAUGUAUAAAAUUAAGAUCAAGAUCAUCUUUAAAAUAUUGUUUAACAAAAUAAGAUUAAUAAUUAUCUCUUAAAGUCUGAAACUACAAGUAGUGAAACCUGUUCAGUUCUUUAAAAUUCCUGCACAGAUAUCACAAUUUGUCUUCUUCUGGACGGGGAAAUGUAUCUUGUCCGUAACAUUUCAAUAUUCCCAUGAACAUUUUAUUUUUUCGUGGAGAACCAUUCUACAACUUCUUCUAAAAAUUUCACAGUCUCUUCUCACAAGAGUGAAGAAAAAUCAUUGAAAUCUCAGGAAAAUUAUUGUAACGAAUUUUCCUGUAAACAAAUAAAUUGUAAGUUAGACGUACUAAAACAGCACAAUCAAGUUACGUUCCUUCGUUCGGAAGAUGAAUAAUUGAAGUCAUGGCAGUCGCUAUUUUGCCAUCACUAAAGUGUCAAAUAUCCAAGGUGGUAGUCUGUAAAGUACCCAUUCAAGUAAUCUUGAGUUUUCUCUCUCCCUCUCUCUUUUUAUGCUCAUUUCGUGCUUCCUAAAGAAUGAAGAUUAAACAUUAACUUCUAAGUUCUCCCAACACAUUGAUGACCAAGUCAAGAAAUGCAUAUUUCCAUUGCAGCAUUUCGAAUAUAUGAUAGUGUUUUUUUAUUAUUAUUAUUUUCUUGUUAAGAAAAUCAACUAAAAUAUUUCCUUUGAAUUUUUUGUGAACUUUGAACAACGGAAAAAUUUCACAAAACGUUUCAAGAAAAACCGCUGUUUAGUUUUGUAUAAUAAAAGAAAAGAAAGGAAAGAGCUGCAACUUGGCAAUUUCAUCCGUUAAUAUUUCCUGUUUUAGUCAAAAGAAUAGACAUACUUACCUCUCAAAGAAUUUUAAGUAUUUCUCUCUUUUUUUCCUCGUUUCUUAAAACUUUCUUUUCAACCUCAUUGUUAUUAUUUUCAUAAAAUUAGGCACGAAGUUUCAGCACUUAAAUCCAAGUUUCACAGUAAAAAAAUACCAAACUAACAUGAUGGUGUAUGCAUCCUCUUAAAUGUGCCAAUAAAUAAGCAUGCCGUCAAUCCUCUGUGCAAAACGUGGGAAAUUACACUGAUUUCAUAUGCCUCAUUCUUACUGUAUUUCAAAAAAUUAUAGCAAUCGGCCACUUUUAUUUUUUCUUUGUUUUCUUUUAUAACACAUCCCCCCCCCCCCCACACACACAAUGAUGACAAUAUUAUUAUAUCAAAAUCUAAUGAAAAUUUGUGCUCUAAGACUUUCUCUGGAUGAAAAAAAACAAUAUUUUUCAGUUUUAGGUUUACAUUUUUUAAGUUUCUUCCUGUUCUGUAACCUGUAGUAAAGUUUAGGUCUCAUUAAAGAGAUAAUUUUUUUUAUAGUUAUUUUGCUGUUUUAAAAAAAUUGAAGAGUUAUCUGAUAAGCUGCAAACUGUUAGGGGCAGGCUUUUUAUUCUGCUCUAGCUUUUAUUGAUGCUGUUGAGAAUAAAUUUGUGAUGAUAUGAAAUAGUCAAAUGAAAUUAACGAGAGAAGAAACUUGCAGCAUAUGUCUUCAAGAUUAUCAAUAGGUACAUGUUAGAAUGAUUGUUUCUUUGUCCUGAUCAAGUCAAAAGAUUGUAUUUUUUAAUUUUGCCAGUGACUUGAUUGGAGGGACAGAAGUUUUUUUUCCUCUAAAAAAAAAAAAAUGGUGCUCAGAAACUAAUUUUGAUUUUUCAUCCAAAUUCCAUAAAAUUCCAUAUUGCUUUGAGUUCUGCCAUAGUUAUUUGCAAAUUUUGUAUAGUGUUUUCACUUUUAGUUCUUGUCCAAUAUCAUCAGAUUUCCUUUCUACUUUGUAUCCGUUUCUUGUAUAAAUAGGAGUUGUACAUAUUAAUAUACUUGCAAAUGUCAAGCAAGAGAAAAUAUAGUCUCUUACCUUGUAA